UGAAAGCUGUGAAGGAGCUGGCGUUAAUCGGCCUCAAGUCUCCUGCAGCGGUGCAGGCAUUACAAUCGUUCGCAUUUCCUGCGUUACAGAAGCUGACGGUGCGGCUGGUGCCUCCAGCAGCAGGUUCUGAUGUGCUGCAUCUGCUGCUGAUGCUGCUGGCGAAUGGAGCAUUGCAUGCAUCCAGCAGCAGCAGCAGUAACAGCAGCAGCAGCAGCAGCAGCAGUAGUAACAGCAGCAGCAGCAGCAGCAGCAGUAACAGCAGCAGCAGCAGCAGCAGCAGCAGACGCUGGUCUGUCUCGUUUGAUCAGGCUUCCGGCACGGGGUAUGCAGACGGCUUAGCCGAUGCAGCAGCAGGGCACCAUUCUGCAGCAGCAGCAGCAGCAACAGCAGCAGCAGCACCAAGUAGAUGCUGCUCUCUAUCGCACCGCAGGGGCUCCACAGGAGACACCAGGGGUGUUUUACGGCAGCAGCAGCAGCAGCAGCUGGAGCGAGGCGCGUCUCCUUCCUUGCAUCAUGAAGGGCCGAUAUUGCGGUUGCUGCUGCAGCAGCAGCAGCAGCAGCGACAGCAGCAGCAGCUACCUGAACAGCUGCUCAGCAUUGCAAUCGCCCUAUUAGAGUAUCCGGGGUUACGUGCAGCAGCAGAUGCAGCAGCAGCAGCAGCAGAAGCGGGGCUUGAAAAAAAGGCAGCAGCAGGAGUUGCUGCUGCUGCAGAGUCUUCUGCAGCAGGAGCGGAUGCAGCAACAUCAGCGGCACCUGCUGCUGCUGCUGCUGCUGCUGCUGCUGCAGCAGCAGCAGAUCAAGGUCUGUCUACAGGCAAGGCCCCCUACUUAUUUGCUGCUGCUCCUCUGCAGGAGAUCCGCUUCAGCGGCGCAUGCAACUUCUCAAAUGCAGAUCUGCUGCGGGCUUUAGGUUUGCUGCCGCACCUGCGAGUGCUGGAGCUGAGCUGCGGAGCUACCUGCUACGGCCGCGAGUUGCUGCUGCAGCUGCCAGUGCUGCAGGUGCUGUCGCUGUCAGUGCAUCCGUUGGUGAGUUGGAGGGUCGACGCCCCUUUGCUGCAGCUGCUGCGGCUGAGGCCUCCUGCUGCAGCACCCUGUAGCAGCAGCAGCAGCAGCAGCAGCAGCAGCAGCACGGAACUCGCCCUCACACAGACAGAGCUGCAGCAUAUGAUUAAUACUGCAAUGGCGUUUGCUGCUGCAUUGCCGGAGAGCAGCAAACAAAUCUCGCUGGUGUAUGUACACCUCAGCGACGCGCAGUGUAGAAGCAGCAGCAGCAAACACUGCUGCAGCACCCCAGGUUGCUUCUGCAACAGCAGCGGCAGCAGCUGUAGCAGCAGCAACGACGCAGAUGCGCAGCUGCUGCAGCACGCAGCAAUGCUGCAGCAACUCGCAGCCAAAGCGGCGAACACUACCAGCAGCAACAGCAGCAGCAGCUGCGGCGGCUGCAGCAACAGCAGCACCAGCAGCAAUAGCAGCAGCAAUAGCAGCAGCAGCAGCAGCAGCAGCAAUCUGAAGUGUUGCGCGGUGGUGGGGCGUUCAGUUGGAGACGCCUUUGAAAAUCAUCGACUCCCCUUCCGCAGGCGAUCCCGCAGCAGCAGCAGCAGCAGCACCAGCAGCAGCAGCAGCAGUAUCAGCGGCAGCAGUAACGGUGGCACCGCCAGUAAGGCGCAAGCCACAGCUGCAGCAGCAGCAACAGCAGCGGCAGCAGCAGCAGCAGCAUGGGAGGGUUUUCUAUCUGCUGCUGAGCAGCGGCGCUUGCAUGAAAGUGUUUGCUGUCUUCCUGCUGCUGCAGCAGAGGGCCCUGUGCUGCUGGAUAGCUGGGGGGCUGUCGACAGAUUUGCUGCUGCGGCACUCUUCUAG